AUGUUUAAUACGUUACUAAAUAAAGUUUGUAGCAAGAUAGAAAAGAAUUAUACUGUUAUGCGAGAACCUAUAUCAGCAAAACUAAAACUUCAAAUAGCUUGUCGAUACCUUGCCACUGGCGACUCAUUGGGAUCAUUGCAAUACCUUUAUCGAGUGCCAAAGUGUACUAUAAGCCAGUUUUUACCAUAUGUUUUUGAUGCCAUAUACGAAGUAUUAAAAGAAUAUGUUAUGAUACCAAAAACUGAAAACGACUGGAAAAAAAUUAUAAAUGGGUUUGAAACUUGUUGGAAUUUUCCGCAGUGCAUAGGAGCAAUUGAUGGAAAACAUGUUUUAAUUCAGUGCCCUCCUAAUUCCGGUUCUCAGUACUUUAACUACAAAAGAACCUUUAGUAUUGUACUACUGGCCCUGGUGGAUCAUAAUUAUAAUUUUAUUUUUAUUGAUAUUGGGAGUUAUGGCAGCAUUUCCGAUGGUUCAAUAUUUGCUAAAUCCUCUCUUCAUCAAGCGCUUGAAAGAAACAUAUUGAACCAACCAGACGGUUCCGUUAUAUUAGGAGACGAAGCAUUUCCACUUAAGCCAUAUUUGAUGAAACCCUAUCCUCGACGAAAUCAAUUAAGUAUUGCCCAGAAAGUAUUUAAUUAUAGACAAUGUAGAGCCAGACGUGUAGUAGAAAAUGCGUUUGGCAUAAUGUCUUCGCGUUUUCGUAUAUUCAGAUCUCCAAUAUUACUUGCUCCUACCACAGUAGUAAAAUUAAUAAAAGCUACAUGUGCCUUGCACAACUGGAUAAGAAAAGUGGGAAAUGAAGUAACAGUAACAGCUGAUAUUGAAGAUCACGUGACAGGGCGAAUAAUUCCUGGAAAUUGGCGCAAUGUUCCUAGACAAAAUGGUCUGGCUGAUGUAAGAGCAGCUUUGCAGCGAAAUUAUUUGCCAGAAGCUCGACAAAAAAGAGAAGACUUAACUAACUAUUUUACAGGGCCAGGAGCACUCGAUUGGCAAUACAAAAUGAUAGAGUAGUAAUUGCGAAGAUUCAUCCAAAUAAUGAAUUAUCAUAAAUUUCUUCUAAUAUUUUAUAAUUUAGGAUAUGUCAAAAAAUAUAUAAGUAAUAUAAUUUGAUCA